GGGAAUCCAGUGAAGUAAUGAGUGAGCUUCGUUCUGCCAUCGUAAUGUGCUGAGAGUCUAGCAAGAGGAAUUCCGUCCGUUAAGGAAAGGAACGCAACCAUUCAUGUGGCCGGCGGUGGCUCCGCAUUCUGCCAGUAUCCACCGCCGGGGCCAUGGAGACACGCAGCAUCAACGCAUUGAGCACAUUCCUGCUUCUCGUUGCGUGUCAAACAGCUUGACUGUUGUCCCACCCUCCUUAUCCUUUCGUUUGAAAACCUCUGAAGAGCUGCUGGACUCUGGAGUCUGCACCUCAACCAACAUGGAACAACAACCCCUCCAACCGCAACAGGGAGAUUUGAACUGGCGCCUCAGCGCCCACCCGAUCACCCUACUGUUCUUCCUGGGCUUCCGCAUUAGUGCCCUGUUGAUGUACCUUUUCGGUGUUCUGUUCAUCAAGAACUUUGUCCUGGUUUUCAUCCUAACGCUGCUGCUCCUCUCCGCGGACUUCUACUACCUCAAGAACAUUGCUGGGCGUCGACUAGUCGGACUGCGCUGGUGGAACGAAGUCAACACAUCGAGCGGCGAUUCACACUGGGUCUUCGAGUCCUCGGAUCCUACCACCCGUACAAUUGCCGCCACGGACAAGCGGUUCUUCUGGCUUAGUCUGUAUCUCACGCCUACGCUCUGGGUUGGCUUGGCUAUUUUGGCCAUCAUCAAAUUGAGCAGUGUGAUCUGGUUGAGUUUGGUUGCUAUCGCUCUAGUACUGACCAUCACGAACACGCUCGCUUUCUCCCGGUGCGAUCGCUUCAGCGUCGCCAACAGCGCGCUUUCCGGGGGCAUCAUGAGUAACCUUGCGGGAGGACUGCUGGGCAGACUCUUCAAGUAAAAUCGGCGUGUUUCGUACUGUGUAUGAUCUUCGUCUGUCUGUUUGUGCUCUUUUAUCACCGGCCUGAAUCUAUGUGCAAUUCAGGAUUCGCCGACCAACAUGUAGCGAGCUUCAGUCAUCAAUCCAGAAUAUCUUCAAACCAGUGGAUGUAGGUUUUUAUUCGCACUGUACACAUCGCUCAGCGGCCCAAACGCC